CCACACUGUUUCUGGAAGACCCAUUACAUCACUUCUUCAAGAUGCAAUCAUAUCACACUGAAUUCUGCACCAAAGGUGUAAACUUUUAUCUGUAAGUUGCUUUUUUCCUAUUCGAUUUCUGUGAGCUAUUCUUGAUUUAUACAGAAUAUAAGUAGUGGGAUUUUGACUAAAUUUGGUUAUAAGUAUUAAAGUUUGAAUCUUGAAAAGUUUUUGGAAGUAAUUAUAUGGGGAAAUCAGGUGGUAGGAAGAAAAAGGGUCAAAAUCAAGGGGAGAACCAUAAACCUGUUGUUAAUGGUACUGUUGAUUUGGACUCAUCAAUUUUUUUAAAAAGAGCCCACGAACUGAAAGAAGAGGGAAACAAAAGGUUUCAGGCUAAGGAUUUUGUCGGGGCUUUACAACAAUAUGAUAAUGCUCUCAAACUUACACCAAAAACUCACCCAGAAAGAGCUGUGUUCCAUAGCAACAGAGCAGCCUGUAUGAUGCAAAUGAAACCCAUAGAUUAUGAUUCUGUUAUUUCUGAGUGUACUAUGGCACUUCAGGUUCAGCCUCGGUUUGUUCGAGCUCUUCUGCGAAGGGCCCGUGCACUUGAGGCUGUGUGUAAGUAUGAAAUGGCAAUGCAAGAUGUGCAAAUGCUAUUGGAUGCUGAUGGGAAUCAUCAGGAUGCCUUGGAAAUUGCAGGGCGAUUGAGCAUGAUACUUGGUCCUCGCCAGGAUGCCCAGCAAGACCUCCAGAGCCGCCCAUCUCCAGCUGCACUUGGUGCAUCUGCAGUGGGUGCCGCCUCUAUUGCUGGUCUAGGACCCUGUUUACCUUCUCGAUCAAUGUCUAAGAAGCCAGUACCAUCAACUGGGGCUAUGGUUGUGUCAGUUAAUAGUAAACCCAAUAAGCCCUCUUAUGUUAUGCCAGCUGAAAAUGGUACUCAGGCCAAAGUUCAGUUGCCAAGGGUUUCCUUGAAGCCUUCAACUGGUCCUUCUAAACCUAAUGUAAGUCCUAGUAGGGAUGAUCAGAAGGAGAAUGCUUCUACUUCAGCAUCAAUAACAGUCCAUGGACAUUCUAAAGAGGCUGUGAGUCGUUGGAGGCCAUUGAAGCUUGUUUAUGAUCAUGAUAUAAGACUUGCCCAAAUGCCUGUAAAUUGCAGUUUUAGAGUCUUAAGGGAUAUUGUUAUGAAACGGUUUCCGAUGUCCAAAUCUGUUCUUGUUAAAUAUAAGGACAGUGACGGUGAUUUGGUAACUAUUACCUGUACGGCUGAGCUUAGAUUGGCCGAGUCCUGGGUUGAUAGUCUAGUACCAAAAGACCCUGAUGCAGAUGAAGGUGACUUCAUAGGGAUGUUGAGAUUGCAUAUUGUCGAGGUGAGUCCUGAACAAGAACCAGCUUUGUUGGAAGAGGAAGAGAGGCCUGUUGAGAGUGAGGAGAAUAUAGCAGAUGAGAGUGUAUCCCACUCUUCACUAAGUGAUUCCGUUGUGGAAACUCUGGAAAGUGAGAUUAACAAGUCAGAGAAGGGCAUUACGAAAGAGAAAACCAUAACAGAAGGUCCUGAAUGCAAGGAGGUUGAGAUGGAUGAUUGGUUGUUCGAGUUUGCUCAGUUAUUCAGGACUCAUGUUGGCAUUGAUCCGGAUGCCCACAUUGACCUGCACGAGCUUGGGAUGGAGCUUAGCGCUGAAGCCCUUGAGGAGACUGUGACAAGUGAAGCAGCUCAAGCUCUUUUUGACAAGGCUGCCUUAAAGUUUCAGGAAGUGGCUGCUCUGGCUUUUUUCAACUGGGGAAAUGUUCACAUGUGUGCAGCAAGGAAACGAAUGCCAAUUGAUGAUUCUGCGUCAAAGGAGACGAUGGCUAUCAAGCUUCAAGCAGCAUAUGACUGGGUGAAAGAAAAAUAUUCUCUGGCCAAAGAGAAGUAUGAGGAGGCUCUCUCGAUUAAACCAGACUUUUACGAGGGGUUGUUAGCAUUAGGGCAGCAGCAAUUUGAAAUGGCAAAACUUCACUGGUCCUUUGUCUUGGCUAAGAAAGAGGACCUGUCAAGUUGGGAUCGUACUGAGACGCUUGCUCUAUUUGAAAGUGCAGAAGAGAAAAUGAAAGCAGCAACUCAGAUGUGGGAAAAGCUGGAGGAGCUUAGGGAUAAUGAACUAAAAGAUCCUAGUACAAUCAAGAAGGAUGAACUACUAAGGAGAAAGAAGAAACAGGGAAGUGGUCCUGAAGGUGAGGUGUCAGCUACAGGUGGUCCAGGUGAAAUUUCAGCUGAUGAGGCUGCACAGCAAGCUGCUGUAAUGCGAUCUCAAAUACAUUUAUUUUGGGGUAAUAUGCUUUUUGAGCGGUCUCAAGUUGAAUGUAAAUUGGGGUUGAUUGGUUGGAAGGAGAAGCUUGAUACUGCUGUUGAAAGAUUUAAGCUUGCUGGAGCUUCUGAAAUUGACAUCUCAACAGUUCUGAAGAAUCAUUGUUCCAAUGAAGAAGCUACCCAGGGAUCUCAGGAAAUGGUUGAGAGCCUGAAGACUGAGGGGAAUGAUAAUCCAAAUGACUAG